ACAAGAAAAAACGUCAUCCAUCAUGCCAUCUGCUGAAGUUUUCAACGGCGGUGCCGAGAACGUCCUCUACACCACCAGCAAUGGCGCGCCCUACGCGCAGCCAUAUGAGGCGCAGCGCGUCCACGUUGGCAACAAGCAGGUCGGAUCGAUUCUGACUCUCCAGGAUUUCCACCACAUUGACCUUCUCGCGCACUUUGACCGCGAGCGCAUCCCAGAGCGUGUCGUUCACGCCAAGGGUGGCGGAGCCCACGGUGUCUUCGAGGCCACCCACGACAUUUCGGACCUGUCCUGCGCCAAGCUUUUCGAGGUCGGCAAGAAGACACCCAUCACACUGCGUUUCUCGACCGUUGGUGGCGAGUCUGGUAGUGCAGACACGGCGCGCGAUCCCCGUGGCUUUGCGAUCAAGUUCAGGACCGAGGAGGGCAACCUCGACUGGGUCUUUAACAACACCCCCGUCUUCUUCCUCCGCGACCCGGCAAAGUUCCCGCACUUCAUCCACACCCAGAAGCGUGACCCGCAGACCCACCUGAAAGAUGCGGACAUGUUCUGGGACUACCUCUCGCAGAACCCGGAGUCGAUCCACCAGGUCAUGAUCUUGAUGGGCGACCGUGGUAUCCCCCGCGGCCACGCGUUCCAGCACGGGUACUCUGGCCACACCUUCAAGUUCGUCAACCACAAAGGCGAGUGGCAGUAUGUCCAGAUCCACGUCCGCUCCGACCAGGGCGUCAAGUUCUACACGCAGGAGGAGGGCACCAAGCUCGCUGGUGAGAACCCCGAUGUCCACAACCAGGAGCUCUUCGAGCAGAUCGAGCGCGGAGAGUUCCCAUCUUGGACCGUCUCAGUGCAGACCAUGACGCAAGAGCAGGCCGACAAAUUUAAACACUCUGUCUUCGACCUCACCAAGGUCUGGCCACAUUCGGAGUUCCCGCUGCGCCCGGUUGGCAAGAUUACACUGAACAAGAACCCGAGUAACUACUUUGCGGAAAUCGAGCAGGUCGCUUUCUCGCCUUCGCACCUCGUCCCUGGCAUCGAGCCUUCCGCUGACCCGGUUCUGCAAUCGCGCCUCUUCUCGUACCCGGACACGCACCGUCACCGUCUCGGAGUCAACUACCAGCAGAUUCCUGUCAACGCACCCCUCGUGCCCGUCGCCAACUUCCAGCGCGACGGCCCGAUGUGCGUCAACGGCAACCAGGGCAGCCGGCCGAACUACAUCAGCACCAUCCGGCCGCUGCAGUACACCAAGCGGCAGACGGCCAAUGCGGCGCACGAGGCCAAGAUCAGCAGCGAGGUUGAGCACUUCCUCAGCCAGGUCGACGACUUGGACUUUGAACAGCCGCGCGCGCUGUGGGAAAAGGUGUUCGACGACGGCGCAAAGCAGCGCUUCGUCAGCAACGUCGCGGGCCACAUGUCUGGUUGCAAGAACAAGAACAUCGUCAAGCGCCAGCUCGAGGUAUUCAAGCGCGUGUCGCCGCAGAUCUCAGAUGCACUCAGCGCCAAGCUUGGCAUCUCGGCUAAGAUCUAAUGCACCAAAAAGUCAAGUUGCUCUCCCAGUUGUGUUUGCGAUUCCUGGCGGACGAGCUUGCCAUGUACAUCAUGUCUUCCCCGUAGGCCUCUGUCUUUAUGCAUGCAUUGGCCUUUCCUUCGGGACUCGCUUGUGACUGCUCUUCUCGUUGCGCACUCCGAACGGCUUCAUCAGAUCUCAUGGACGCGCCACAGUGAGACUCUCAAACGUUGCGUAAUAAGACAAUCGCCACCGCCCUUGUUCCGU